CCACAAGCUGGCGUCCCCUCCACCCUGCUCUUUGGUUGCUUCUAGUCUCUGCCGAACACUUCCACAUUGCCGUGCGAGUCCCUGCCCGAUAUUAUUUCAACGGCCGUUGCUGAAUUUAGUCCCUCUCGUCUGACGUAUUGGGGACAUAUAGAUCUACACAUCCGCCCACGCGCACCACACUCUCCUCUCUCCAACAGCUGACGACUUUACGACAAUCAACAAAGUUCUCAAUAUGGCCACCACCGAAUCUAUCCUACAGGGCGUGAAUGUCUCUGGCCAAGUCACAGACUUCAACAAGAAGAUCCUCACAAAGGAUGCUCUUGCAUUCCUCGCUCUCCUCCACAGAUCCUUCAAUGGCACCCGCAAGAACCUCCUUCAGCGUCGUGUGAUCAGACAGGCGGAGCUCGACAAGGGCCAGCUGCCAGACUUCCUCCCCGAAACCAAGCACAUUCGAGAGAACGAUGCGUGGAAGGGAGCAAAGCCCGCACCGGGCUUGAUUGACCGCAGAGUGGAGAUUACUGGACCUACGGACCGCAAGAUGGUUGUGAACGCCCUGAACUCGAAUGUUUGGACAUAUAUGGCCGAUUUCGAAGAUUCGAGUGCUCCGACUUGGGACAAUAUGAUCAACGGGCAGGUCAACCUCUACGAUGCUAUCCGAAAACAGGUCGAUUUCAAGCAAGGACCGAAGGAAUAUAAGCUCCGAACAGACCGAACCCUUCCCACAUUGAUUGUUAGACCCCGAGGCUGGCACUUGGAGGAGAAGCACGUCACAGUUGAUGGCGAGCCAAUUUCUGGAAGUCUGUUCGACUUUGGUCUGUACUUCUACCACAAUGCGAAGGAGCUCAUCAAGCGAGGAACGGGACCAUAUUUCUACCUCCCAAAGAUGGAAUCACAUCUCGAAGCCCGUCUCUGGAACGACGUCUUCAACCUCGCUCAAGACACCAUCGCAAUCCCACGAGGCACUACCCGAGGAACUGUGUUGAUUGAGACAAUCCUCGCUGCUUUUGAAAUGGACGAGAUCAUUUACGAACUCCGGGAUCACAGCUCAGGAUUGAACUGCGGACGGUGGGACUACAUCUUCAGCGUGAUCAAGAAGUUCCGCCAGAACUCCAACUUCGUCCUCCCAGACCGAUCAGCCGUUACCAUGACCGUCCCCUUCAUGGACUCCUAUGUCAAGCUACUCAUCCAGACUUGCCACAGACGCCAAGUCCACGCUAUGGGUGGCAUGGCAGCCCAAAUCCCCAUCAAAGACGACAAGGCAGCCAACGACAAGGCCAUGGAAGGCGUGUACGCCGACAAGCUCCGUGAAGUCAAGGCCGGCCAUGACGGAACGUGGGUUGCUCACCCAGCACUCGCAUCGAUAGCCUCCGAAGUUUUCAACAAGCACAUGCCGACGCCCAACCAAAUGUUCAUCCGCCGCGAAGACGUCAAGAUCACGCAGAACGACCUUCUGAACAUGAAUGUCCCUGGCAAGAUUACCGAGGACGGUAUCCGCAAGAACCUGAACAUCGGGCUCGGAUACAUGGAAGGCUGGCUCCGAGGCGUUGGCUGUGUGCCCAUUAACUACUUGAUGGAGGAUGCGGCGACGGCUGAGGUGAGCCGUAGUCAGCUUUGGCAGUGGGUGAAGCAUGGUGUAUCGACUGCAGAGGGGAAGAAGGUUGAUAAGGCGUAUGCGUUGAAGUUGCUGAAGGAGCAGGCUGAUGAGCUUGCGACUAAGGGUGCGAAGGGCAAUAAGUAUCACUUGGCUGCUCAGUAUUUCUCGGGACAGGUUACUGGGGAGGAUUAUGCCGAUUUCUUGACUUCGCUUCUAUACAAUGAGAUCACCAGUGUGGGAUCCUCGUCGCCGGCCUCGAAGUUGUGAUUUUUGUAUGUUUUGAUGGCGAAAUUGGUAUUUAUGAGC